AUGACCGUCCUCCUCAACGCCGACGACUCUGCCCACGGCAGCAGCUCGGCAGCGACGGUCAUCAAAGCGAAUGGACACUGCCCGGCUGCAGCAGGGAAUGGGGCGCCGGCACCAGCCCUGCCCGCAGCCCCCGCCUGCGGCCCGCCGCCCCAGCAGCCCCCGCUGGAGCCCGGCACCGAGGAUUACAAGCUCCACCUGCCAGUGUCCGAGGUGCUGGACUUCGACAAGGGCACAAAGGAUGACUGGGUGCCACGGCACCCCGACCUCAUCCGGCUGACUGGGCGCCACCCAUUCAACGUGGAGCCCAAGCCCGCCCGCCUCUUCGAGUCGUACAUCACCCCUCCCUCUUUGCACUACGUGCGCAACCACGGCGCCGUGCCGCAGAUCCGGUGGGAGGACCAUCGCCUGGCGGCCUGGUGGACACCCCCCACCACCUUCACCAUGGCCGACCUGCUGGCCAUGCCCUCUGUGGACGUCACCUGCACCCUCACCUGCGCUGGCAACCGGCGCAAGGAGGAGAACAUGGUGAAGCAGACCAUUGGAUUCAAUUGGGGCCCAGCAGGCACCAGCUGCUCCACCUGGACGGGCGUGCGGCUGAGCGAGGUGCUGCAGCGGUGCAGCGUGAAGAGCCCGGAGCAGGGCGCGCACCACGUGUGCUUCCGCGGGCCCAAGGGCGAGCUGCCCAAGGGCGACGACGGCAGCUACGGCACGUCUGUGACCUGGGUCAAGGCCAUGGACCCAGCCAGCGACCUCAUCCUGGCCUACAAGCAGAACGGGCGCCUGCUGACCCCAGACCACGGCUACCCGCUGCGGCUCAUCAUCCCCGGCUUCAUCGGUGGCCGCAUGAUCAAGUGGCUGGAGGAGAUCAGCGUGACGGCUGUGGAGAGCCAGAACUAUUACCACUUCCACGACAACCGCGUGCUGCCCAGCCACGUGGACGAGGCGCUGGCCAACAAGGAGGGCUGGUGGUACAACCCCGACUUCAUCAUCAACGACCUCAACGUGCAGUCCGCCAUCGGCUACCCCGCGCACGAGGAGGUGGUGCCGCUGGCGGCGGGCGCCUACGCCGUGCGCGGCUACGCCUACUGCGGCAACGGCGACAAGAUCAUCCGCUGCGAGGUGUCGCUGGAUGACGGCAAGAGCUGGCGGCUGGCGGGGGUUACCCACAGCACGCCGCCCACCGCCUACGGCAAGCACUGGGCCUGGGUGUGGUGGAGCAUCGACAUCCCCAUAGCCGAGCUGCUGGCUUGCCCCGAGCUCAUCUGCCGCGCUUGGGACAGCUCCAUGAACACCCAGCCCAACACCUUCACCUGGAAUGUGAUGGGCAUGAUGAACAACUGCUGCUACCGCGUGAAGAUCCACCCCCGCCAGACAACGGCUGGCGGCUUUGCGCUCCAGUUCGAGCACCCCACCGUCGCGGGCCCCACGGUAGGCGGGUGGAUGAACCGCGCCGCGGACGCGGCGGCGGCGGCGGUGGCGGUGGCGGCCCCCUCGGCGCCGCCGCCGGGCGCCCGCACUUUCACCAUGGCCGAGGUGGAGCAGCACGCCACCAAGGACAGCUGCUGGUUUGUGGUGGACGGCAAAGUCUACGACUCAACCCCCUUCCUCAAGGAGCACCCGGGCGGCGCCGACUCCAUCCUCCUGGUGGCGGGCACCGACGCCUCGGACGAAUUCAACGCCAUCCACUCCGCCAAGGCCAAGGCCAUGCUGGCAGACUACUACAUUGGGGAGCUGGUGGAGGAGGAGGCGGCGGCGGCGGCGGCGCCAGCGGGGUCGCUGCCUGCGGCGGCGCCCGCGGCGGUACCAGUGGCGCUGGAUCCUCGCAAGCGCACGCCCUUCACCCUCAUCGAGAAGGAGGCGCUCAGCCACAACGUGCGGCGCUUCCGCUUCGCGCUGCAGUCGCCGCAGCACCGCUUCGGGCUGCCCGUCGGCAAGCACGUCUUCCUGUACGCCAAGGUGGACGGCGAGCUGGUGAUGCGGGCCUACACCCCCUCAUCCUCAGACGACCAGCUGGGCUACUUUGAGCUGGUGGUGAAGAUCUACUUUGCCAACCAGCACCCGCGCUUCCCCGCAGGAGGCAAGAUGAGCCAGUACCUGGAGGGGUUGGCCAUUGGGGACAGCAUCGAGGUCAAGGGGCCCCUGGGCCAUGUCCACUACCUGGGGCGCGGCAGGUACACGCUGGACGGCGAGCCGCACGCCGCGCGCCACAUCAGCAUGAUUGCGGGCGGUACCGGCAUCACGCCAAUGUACCAGGUCAUCAAGGCUGUGCUCAAGGACACGGAGGACGCCACCCAGCUGCGCCUGCUGUACGCAAACGUGUCGCCCGACGACAUCCUGCUGCGCGACGAGCUGGACGCCCUGGCGGCGGCGCACCCCAACUUCCAAGUCUGGUACACGGUGGACAAGGCGGAUGAGGGGUGGCAGUUCAGCACCGGCUUCAUUGAUGAGGCCAUGGUGCGGGAGCGCCUCUUCCCUGCCGGCGAGGACACCAUCUGCUGCCUGUGCGGCCCACCCCCCAUGAUCAAGUUUGCCUGCCUGCCGAACCUGGAGAAGCUUGGCUACAAGCCGGAGCAGUGCAUCCAGUUCUGA